GAAUUUGCCAUGGGUCUCGUCUUCACUGGCCUCGUCUACGUCAGCGGCUAUCUCUUUCUCAUCUUUGUGGCGAUCUGUCUCGCCUGCGGCCUCUACUACCUCGCCGAGCUUGCGGAGGAGUACAACGCCCUGACGCGCCGCCUCCUCUCGUGUGCCAUCGCCGCUGUCUUGAUAGUCCACAUCUUGCUGCUCGCGCUCGAGCCGCACCUGCCGUACGUCGCGCUCGCUGCCGGCUUCGCCAACCACAUCGCCUACCUCUGGCUCCACCAGAGCUACCCGCUCCUCCGGAUCGCCUCUCCAGCCUUCCUCACCUCGCUCAGCCUCUUCGGCGUCUCGCACUACCUCUGGGGCACCCACUUCCUCGCCCACUACCACCAGCUAGCUCACGUCCUCUGCUUCUUCCUGUUCAACGUCUGGCUUGUCCCGUUUGGCUUCUUCAUCUCCCUCUCGGUCAACGAGGCGCGGCUGCCAAACACGCAGGCCGGCCUGGCGGACGAGGUCUACUCGGAGGGCGGCGGCGUCAAGCAGAAGAGCGGGCUGCUCUCCGCCUUCUCCUUUGUGCGCGAGAAGCGCGACGACAUGAUGCCCUCCAUGGCCAAGAAGGUCUGAGCCGCCGGCGCAAAUACACCUAGGGCGGAGUGGGAGCUGGGAGAGUGAGGUGUCGUGGCGGAGGAGGCUGGGGCGGCGUGGGCGAGUGUGGCGGAGAUGGGUGGGGCUAGGACACGCGCGUCGUACCCGCUCGGGGCUCACACUGGGCGCUGUACACUGUGGCUCUCGCGAACGAGUAUUCACGGCGCGGCGCGUGGGCCGUGGCGCCGUGGCUCAGGCCACGGCGCGUGCAGCGCCUCCUUGAGCGCUCUCGGCCUCUCGCGCUC